CUCGUCCGCUAUCUAACACAUUGAAAACCUAUAACAAACAGACUUUUCCUUCAUCUUGGUUCUGCAUUUUGAUGAUAAAAUGCUUUUCGUGUAAUCUACAUGGUCAGCGUAGAGACAUUGGAGUUAGAAUCAACAAUGGCAAGGCGCAACGUGCUAAUGAUAUAGAAGAUUAGUAGCUAACUCCUGAAAGACAACAAACUGAGAUCCAGAGGUACAAAUCGUAAAUAUUAUUGGUGAAAAGCGGCUGCCGAAAACAAAAACAGGAGUGGAUCUCACCCAAAGAAUCUGAAAAAAACAACUACUACGGCUGAGAUCACAAACACACACAUUGCAUACACAUUCAAGCAAUAAAAAGCAAUGUUAAAUCUUCAGGGUGGUGUUAGCGUGAGACCUAAUUCAAAAUAUUCUUUAAAACAAGCUAGAUCAGUCGAUAAAUAUACACUAAACGAUGAUCAGUUAACCCAUCCAAAUGCGAUACCUAAAUAUAUUUUUAAUAAACUGAUGAUAACUGAUUACCGUGUCCGUGAAUUUGAAUUAAAUAACAAAGCUAGAAAUACUUACGACUCCGAUGAGAGCGAGGAUGAAGAUGAUGAGAGGGAGGAUGAAGGUGACGAGAGCGAGGAUGAAGGUGACGAGAGCGAGGAUGAAGAUGAUGAGAGCGAGGAUGAAGAUGAUGAGAUGGAGGAUGACGAUAUUGGCGAGGAAACAGGAGUCCAUCCGAUGGAUGCAUUUCUUCGUAUUUUUCAUUCUUCCGAUAUUUUUUUACGACGUUAUCUUGCUACUAGGUUAUCUGAAUGUCAACUCAGUGUUCCAUUUCUUCUGCCUGAUCCUAAGACGGGGAAAUCUGAAAACGUCACAAUGUUACUUUCAGCUUUACAGAAUAUCACGAAGUCUUGGAAAAGUGGUUCCAGCAACAAUGAAAGUGUACAAGAGGUGUUUGCAACCCUACAUCCAUUUCCAGUAGUUUCCUUCAUCCGUCUCGGCCAACCAACCAUGUCGAAAUCAUUCUUGAUCAACAAAAUUAUGAGUGACGGAGGCAGUAACCACAAUUUCUUCUUUCACAAAGAUAUGGAAGGUGGCGACGUCGAAAGGAAAGUAGUUGAUGGAUUGGUUGAAUUGAGCUGGUAUCUUCCUGGGGGAAAACCGGAGGCAAUACUGAAACGUGAAAUUUGCUUUGCAAAUCUUCGAGGAGAGGCUGGAAUUUUCAAGAAACAACUAAACGUUCUUUCGAAGAUAUCAUCCAUUCUUUGUAUAGUACUACCAUCAGCAUGUCCGGAUCAGACCAUGCAAAAUAUUUUAAUGAGAUUUGUCCGUAACGACACAAAAGUAAUUCUUUUAUUCAAUGAAAAAUUAGAAAAAAGUGCAAAGAAAUAUUUUGACGAGUUAAAGAGUAAUUCUGAUGGAAAGUUCUCUUUGAUAACAAAGGCGAAAAGACGCAAUGAAUAUGACUAUCUUCAGACUAUACGAGAAGGUAUCAGAAAGAAAAUAGAUGGAGUGAAUGCAAGGCCUCUUGUGAAGAUAUCGAUGUGUGCAAAUGAAUAUGACAUUCAACUUGAGGACGAUCAAAUAGAUCCAGAGUUUAAGGCGAUGAUAGACAGCUUGUUGGAAAAGGGGAUUGAAAGAAUGAAAAAAUUAAUGACGUUGCAAAUACACAUCCCAGUAUUGGCAGAGUUGGAGCGUGAGAUGUAUCGUCCAAAACGUUAUGGUGACAAAUUUAUUAAAGAAGAUAAUAACGAAAUAUAUGAGAAAGUUGCAAAAAGUAAAGAGGCGCAAAAGACAUCUUUGAAACAUCUUGACAAAGAUAUUCUUAAUUGUCUUAAUCACAUUACAAUGAUGGGUGAAUUAGAACGACAAAAAGCAUUGAACAUGUUGAAGCACCGGUUGGAAAUACAAAGAUCAAAUGCCUCGCUUGGCUUAGAACACGUCAUCAGAGAACUAGCCCAGCUAUACCAAAUAUAAAAAGAACCACAAAAGACAAUGCAAGUGCUGCAGAGGAAAGCAAAUACGACUAUGCAGGGGCUGCAGCAGACAUGUUGCUUU